AUGAUCGCAACUGGUGUUUGUGGCGUCGCGCUGGUGCUGGUGUUGGUGGUUUUGAUCCCUGUGGUGGUGAACUCCGCAGGGACUCCUGCUCGCUACGAGAUGCUCGGAUCCUGUCAAAUGGUGUGCGACUCUCACGGGACCGCAGCUACGGCCACGGCCAAGGCAACCAACCCGAUCAAAGACAACCGCCUGGUUCAGUCGCUUCCGACGUUCAUCCAAGGUCCUCAAGGAGAGCCGGGGCGCGCCGGAAGGAUGGGUCCGAGGGGUCCGGUUGGCGAGCCCGGGCCACCUGGACCUGCCGGUCCUCCCGGAGAGAGAGGUGCACCAGGCCCACCGGGUCCGCCCGGAGCACCAGGAGCAAAUGGACCCACCGGUGCCAUCAGCGCUGCCACUUACAACACAGUCCCAAAGAUUGCAUUUUAUGCAGGAUUGAAGAAGCAGCAUGAAGGAUAUGAAGUGCUGAAAUUCGACGACGUGGUCACAAAUCUUGGCAACCACUAUGAUCCCUCUACUGGGAAAUUCACCUGCUCAAUACCGGGGAUUUACUUCUUUGUAUACCAUGUGCUAAUGAGAGGCGGAGAUGGAACCAGCAUGUGGGCUGACCUCUGUAAAAACAACCAGGUGAGAGCCAGUGCCAUUGCCCAAGACGCCGACCAGAACUACGACUACGCCAGCAACAGUGUUGUCCUACACCUCGAGCCCGGGGACGAGAUUUACAUCAAACUCGAUGGCGGCAAGGCGCAUGGGGGUAACAACAACAAAUACAGCACCUUCUCCGGCUUCAUGUUGUACGCUGAUUGA